GUCGAUUAGGGUUCUUCCCUUCUACAGAUCCGAUUGUUCCCUGAGACAGAUCACAGAUCUCUCUCUAUCUUCGUUGAUUCCAAGGAAGUGAAACAAGUUUCAGGUGUAAUCACCGUUUUCAUGUUCUGCGUUUGAGGAAUCCUAAGUCUCUCCUCAUUAGUUGUUGUUAUAUACAGAUCUCCCAAGUUGGCUCCUCAAAGAAGAUCACAGCGCCACAUGGGCGGCCAAAUGCAGCAGACUAAUGCUGCGGCUGCGACGGCGCUGUAUGAAAAUGCAGGACCUACAAAUGAGGCUGGCGAUGCUGUUAUGGCUCGGUGGCUCCAGUCUGCUGGUUUGCAGCAUCUGGCGUCACCAGUUGCUUCUACAGGCAUUGAUCAGCGUCAUCUCCCAAACCUGCUCAUGCAGGGUUAUGGAGCACAAACUGCUGAAGAGAAGCAAAGACUUUUCAAAUUAAUGAGAAAUCUUAAUUUUAAUGGGGAAUCGACUUCUGAGCCGUAUACACCCACUGGUCAAACAUCAGCAGCUUUGCCCUCGUCGGAUGGAUUUUAUUCAGCUGAAUUCAGAGGUGACUUUGGAGCUGGAUUGCUAGAUCUUCAUGCAAUGGAUGACACGGAGCUGCUAUCCGAGCAUAUGAUUUCUGAACCCUUUGAGCCAUCACCUUUCAUGCCGAGUGUCAAUCAAGCAUUUGAAGAAGAGUUUAAUGUGCCAGUUAACCGGAAACAGCUACAAGAGCAGGAUGCUGAACCUUCGAGCUCAUUUCCCAGGAGUGAAAAAGAAAGUAGUGGAAGAGAGAACAAUGUAGCCAAAAUUAAAGUAGUGGUAAGGAAGAGACCCCUGAAUAAAAAGGAAACUGCCAAAAAGGAAGACGAUAUCGUGACUGUAUCUAAUAAUUCUUUGACUGUUCAUGAAACCAAGUUGAAGGUGGAUUUGACUGCUUAUAUGGAAAGGCAUGAGUUUUGCUUUGAUGCUGUUCUGGAUGAGCAUGUUUCAAAUGACGAGGUGUAUCGGGCCACUAUAGAGCCAAUUAUUCCCACCAUUUUCCAGAGAACCAAAGCGACCUGUUUUGCAUAUGGUCAAACAGGUAGCGGUAAGACUUUCACAAUGAAACCACUGCCUAUACGGGCUGUUCAAGAUCUUAUGAGGAUGUUGAAUCAACCAGUAUAUCGUGAUCAGAGGCUUAAGUUGUGGCUCAGUUAUUUUGAGAUAUAUGGUGGAAAGUUGUAUGAUCUUCUCUCCGAGAGAAGGAAACUUUGUAUGCGAGAAGAUGGUAGACAACAAGUUUGCAUUGUUGGCCUGCAAGAGUAUGAAGUCUCGGAUGUUCAAAUUGUAAAGGAUUUUAUUGAAAAAGGGAAUGCUUCAAGGAGCACAGGAUCAACUGGCGCCAAUGAGGAAUCAUCUAGAUCACAUGCUAUUUUGCAGCUUGUUGUCAAGAAGCAUGUGGAAGUAAAAGAAACUAGACGAAGUAAUAACGAUAGUAAUGAAUCACGAGGGAAAGUUGUUGGGAAGAUUUCUUUCAUCGAUCUUGCUGGCAGUGAAAGAGGUGCAGACACCACAGACAAUGACCGCCAGACAAGGAUUGAAGGUGCAGAAAUCAAUAAGAGUCUCUUAGCUCUCAAAGAAUGUAUCCGUGCACUGGACAAUGACCAGCUACAUAUUCCCUUCCGUGGAAGCAAGCUAACUGAAGUGCUCCGCGACUCAUUUGUUGGAAACUCAAGAACUGUGAUGAUUUCAUGCAUUUCUCCAAAUGAAGGAUCAUGUGAACAUACCCUUAAUACAUUAAGAUACGCCGAUCGGGUUAAAAGUCUAUCUAAAAGUGGGAAUAGCAAGAAGGAUCAAACUUCCAAUUUGUUGCCUCCAGCUAAUAAGGAUGUUUCUUUGGCUUCCUCUCAACUGGCUUCAAAUGAUGUAGAAGAUGUCUUUGAGCCUCCACAAGAACCUAAUGUACAGGAAACAGGGAGGAGGGUAGAGAAAGACAGCUACUCUACUUCGGGUAUUGAAUUCAAGCAGCCUACGCAUUACCCUUCUUCAUAUCCGGUCAACUUUAGAGAGGAAAGUGGCAUACCAUCGAUAUCAAUGGACAAAGGAAGACCAGAUACGAGUAAUUCUUUUGGCGGCUCCACUAGUCAAAGGAUUCACUCAUCUUCUUACUCUCAAGACAGUUCAGAUCAGGAAGAAAAAGUGAAGAAGGUAUCACCCCCUCGUAGGAAAGUUUCCCGGGAGGAAAAACCUGAAAGAACUCAAAACUGGUCAAAAAGAGAUGUCGUCAGUGCAUCUGAUGUCCCUGCCACGACAAACUCUAGACAGCAUAAUAUUGCUAGCAGUCAGAACACAAACGAUACAGCUUCAAGGCAAUAUGAAACAACAGCUUCAAGGCAGUAUGAAACAACGGAGCCUUCUCUUGAUGAAAACAUCGAUGCAUUGCUUGAGGAGGAAGAGGCCUUAAUUACAGCGCACAGAAAAGAGAUCGAGGAUACAAUGGAAAUAGUUCGUGAGGAAAUGAAAUUACUAGCAGAGGUGGAUCGGCCAGGGAGCAUGAUUGACAACUAUGUUACACAACUGAGUUUUGUGUUGUCCCGUAAAGCAGCUGGUCUUGUAAGUCUGCAAGCUCGUCUUGCGCGGUUCCAACACCGUCUGAAAGAACAAGAGAUACUUAGCCGGAAGAGAGUUCCGCGCUAGGAAAGGCAAUGGAAGUUAGUUUGCGUUCCAGUCAGUUCUUUACUGCCAUAAACUCUAACUUAAACCGCAGUUUGUUGUAUACUUGUAACACAUUCGUGUAUGUAUGUAUUGGGGAAAUUGUGCAGAACAUUUGUAUAUCGAAAACAUUUGCUUUCAAGAAUUUAUCUGCUAUAAUAAUAGUUGAUUGUGAAUUUGUGAUGAAUGGAAUUGGCUAUGGAACUGAGGAAAAUAAAUUGAACAGUAGAAA